UAAGAGCUUUUCCCAUCUCACCAAGCACAUCUCCUCUCUCUGAUCCACAAUCCACCAGCUCCUCUCUGUGCUUGCAGGCUCCAGUCAAGAUGAACCCAAAGAUGAACUUGAGCGCCCUGCUGAUCGUGUUGCUGUUCUCUCUGAAGCUGGUCUCUUCUGCUCAUGGCCCCAACACAGGGAAGGACUGCUGUCCAAGGACACAGAAGGCAAAGAUCCCGCUGAAACCGAUAGUCUCCUACUACAACACCAGCAGCAGCUGCUCCCUGCCGGCCCUUGUGUUUGUGACUAAACUCGGAAAACACUGGUGUGUGAACCCCGCUGAUGCCUGGGUGAAGAGCCAUGCAGCUGCUGUGGACCGCAGGUUGGCCAGCACUCCAGCGAUCAGCACCAGAGCCUAAGGCCUACCGCCCUAGCAGGCUGUCAAUCAGCACACACACUUCCUGCUGGACACUGCGGUGGAAAACUCAUAAACGAGAGAGGAAUGUGUCAGCGUCUAGUUACUGUACAACAGAUAGUCCUGGAUUUCAUUCAUGCAAUAUUGUCUAUUCUUUUCCUGUUCAUAAUAUAUUCAUUAUUUUUUAUACGUCAUUUUUCUGUUUUAUAAGUUGUAAAAAAAAUGUCUCUUUUUAUUUUCUCAAUAAUUAUUAAAGCUUUUGAUA